AUGUACAAUGAUGAGGAAGAUGACGAGAUGGAGGAUGUUGAAGGAGGAAUGGAGGGAGGAGAGCGACAAGAACAGGAUGGUGGGGAUGCGAGGAUUGCAGAGGAAAAUCUAGAGAGUGAUGCUGAGAUGAUGAGGAUCCCUGAUUCUGCUAAUGAGGCUACUCUACUGGCUGAAAAUUACGGGAUAACACCAGAGAAGAGUAAAUUUGGGACUUCAAUGCCACCACAGUCUUUGGUUGAUAUGCUGGUUUCACAGCAGGAUCAACAAGUAGUGUCUGUUGAAUCUAGGAGGAGUAAGAGAGGGACAAUUACCAUUGUAGACUGUGGUCAUGAUGAGAUAGCAAUGUCACCUGAGCCAGAGAUGGAGGGCUUGAUGGUAAUGGUCAACUCAUGUUUGAGGAAGAACUUCAAAAAACAAAUGAGAAAGAUAUAUAAAUCUCUUGAGUGUAAGAAGGCUGGAAAAAGUUUUAAUGCAGCAGUUCGCAAUAGGAAGGACUAUCGGAACCCUGAUUUCCUGUUGCUUGCUGUGAGGUAUCAGGAUAUUGACCAAAGAGGAUCUUGCUUUGAUAAGGAUGUAUUGGACCCUCAUAGAUAUGACCCAAGUGACUACUACGACCAAACAGGUGCUUAA